AUGUAAGAUAAAUAAAAACCAAAAUUAUUCCUCGAAAAAUUAUUCGAUUUAUUAGAGUCUGGUGAAGCAAGUAACAUUAUUCAAUGGACUGUCGAUAAAGAUGCUAUCAAAAUUAUUAAUCGAGUACAAUUGAUUCGCGACAUCCUACCCAACAUUUUCAAAUAAACAUCUUAUAAGAGCUUUACUAAAUAGAUGAAUCUUUACAAUUUUAAGAGUACAAAGGAUGAAAGUGGCUUUACUGUCUUUAUUAAUCCACAUUUUACUCAGAGUUCGCUGAAUCUUACAUAAAUCAUGGCAGAGAAACGAACCAUUAAAAAGUCAAAGAAGGAAGACACUAAGAAGAGAAGUGAACUGCAACAAGAACAUGAAUAGCUCAAAUAAAAAUUGAUGGCAUUGUUCAAGUAUUAAGUGACUCUUUAAAAUGAAAUCAAAACAUAAUUGGAAAUCCACAAGCAUCUUCAAAUGAGAGUGGGCAUAAUUAAAAAAUGUAUUUAUCAUCGCAAAGAGAAUGGAUUAAAGAGAAGAAGAAAAAUUUAUAAUUUUUUGAAUUCCUUUUUUACACAUCUCAAAUCUUCAGUUAUAUGUAUUCAUUUAACAUUUACAGAAAUUAGGUCAAAAAUUUCUAAUUUUGAAUCAUGA